CGUGUGAGCGUGUUGAAGCUGUAACUAUCAUAUUAUUAUUAUUGUUAGUAUUGUGUAAGUAAUGUGUUUAAAUGCUGCAGUUUAACAUCUGAGGACAGUUUAGGAUUUAGUUGAAAUAUUCUUCUGGAAGUGAUCGAGGAAGAAAACAUGAAGAAGAAACAUCUGCAGAGCAAAGAGGCAUCGCCGGGGCAACCGUCAGAGCCGUCACCGGGGCAACAGUCAGAGGCGUCGACGGGGGAAAAGUCAGCUGACUAUGUGGUGGGUCUGGUGUGCGACAGUGUUUUCCAGAAGAAGGCAGCGGCUCCCGGAUCGCUGUCGGCUCUGUUCAGCGCCGCGGCACCAGCAGCAUCCGUCCUGUUUCAGCCGGCACCAAAGCCUGUGCCGAAGGUUGAGGAGGUGAAGGAGGAACAGAAGGAAACUCCAGAUGUCAAAGGUCAAACCAGCCUGAAGCAGAAGAAGCUUCAAAAAGAGAAAACAGCAGCCGAGGAGAAGCUGGAGAACAGAGAGAGCAGUUUGCUGAACGCCGACGAAGCCGAGCAGGGACAGACGACAUCGGGGAAGAAGAAGAAGAGGAAAGCUCCGGAGGCGGAUGUAGAGAACGAGGUGGAGCGCUAUGUCAUUAAGAGGCAGAAGCUGAGGGCCCAAAAAGAGGAAGAUGCCUUGAAGAAGAAGAAGACGGUGUUCGUAGGAAACCUGCCAGUCAGCUGCACCAAGAAGACCCUGCGGAGUCUCUUCAAGGAUAAAGGAUCCAUCGAGUCCAUCCGGUUUCGCUCUGUGGCCAGAGAGGAUCCGUCCAUAUCCCGCAAAGUCGCAGCUAUUCAACGCAAAGUUCAUCCCAAGAAGCAAAGCGUAAACGCCUACGUGGUGUUUAAAGACGAGGAAGGAGUCGUCAAGGCGUUGGAGAGGAACGGCAUGGAGAUCGAGAAAGACUUUUACAUCCGAGUGGACCGAGUGAACAACAGCUCAUCACACGAUCACAAGCGCUCCGUGUUCGUGGGGAAUCUUUCCUUCGAGAUCAAUGAUCUGGCGUUUCGGAGGCAUUUCGAAGAGUGUGGCGAUGUGGAGGCGGUGCGACUGGUGCGGGACCAGAACUCCGGACUGGGGAAAGGAUUCGGAUACGUUCUGUUCGAGAACUCCGACUCGGUCCAGCUGGCGUUAGAACUGGACGGCUCCUCGCUGGAGGGAAGGAAGAUCCGGGUGAAGCGGUCGGUGAACCAAGACAAGCUGAAGGAGAAAGGAGACGGCAAAGGAGGCAAAGGAAAGGGUUCUGCAAAGAGUCCCGCUAAGGGUCCGAUGAAGGGUCCUAUGAAGGGUCAGAUGAAGGGUCAGAGCAGAGUGAGGCCAGGCUUCAAGACUCAGAAGAAAUUUGCCAGAAAUCAGCCGAGUUCAAACAAAAACUUCAAAGGAGAGAUGGUCGACCCGACGAAAAAGAAAGCAGUGAAGAAGAGAACGAAGCCGAGAGCGAAGCCGAGAAAGACUGUUCAUAUCUGACGUGAUCUCCGUACUUCUGAGGACUACUUCCUGUUUGAUUCUAACCUCAUGUUGUCUGCUGGUGUCAGUUCGUGUAGAAUAAAGAUUAAAUGAAUAUUUUGACGAGCUAUUUUACAUUUCUAUUAAAAAUCUCUCACAAAGUUGUUAAACAUCAAUCCUUUCCUUCUCUUUCUUUCCUCCCCCCUACCUUCUUUCUUC